AUGGUUCUUGAAAAAAUCCGAGUGUCUUCUGAAGGGGAGUUCAUUGACUCUCAUGAUCGUGUGGUACAACUUCGUGGAGUGAACUUGGAUCCAUGCGUCAAAUACCCGAAUUCACCAACCGUAACUUCGCACUCUCCGUUACUUGACUCAUUUUGGGAUUCAGCAGAUGAUGCGAACUUUGUAAACCAUCCUAUCGACAUUGAUGAAGUAAAUGAACAUAUUACUAGAUUGAAGUCGAUGGGGUAUAAUACCAUUCGAUUCUGUUUUAAUUGGGAAGCAUUGGAGCAUAAGGGUCCAGGGCAGUACGAUUUUGAGUACAUUGAGUACGUACGUCAAGUUCUAUUGAAAAUAUAUGAAAUCGGUGAUAUGUACGUGUAUUUUGAUCCACAUCAGGAUGUAUGGUCCAGAUUUACAGGUGGAUCUGGAGCGCCUCUUUGGACUCUAUAUUGCGCGGGUUUCCAACCAAAAAGAGUUUCUGUCACUCAAGCUGCUAUAUUACAUAAUGAAUACAUCGACAAAGAUACUGGGAAACAAGUAAAACAUUACCCUAAGAUGUUUUGGCCAACGAAUUAUUUCAAGUUAGCUUGCCAGACCAUGUUUACGCUAUUUUUUGGUGGAAGACAAUAUGCACCAAAGUGUAUCAUAAAUGGUAAAAACAUCCAGGAUUAUUUACAAGAUUCAUUCAAUGAUGCAAUUGGUGCUAUGUAUCGAUAUUUGAUGGAGCAAUCACCAGAACUAUUUGAAGGAAAUUUGGUUCUUGGGUUAGAAACUGUUAAUGAACCAAGCGAAGGAUACAUUGGCUAUCCUAUACUUUCGCAAAUUCCAAAAGAAAGAGAGUUAAGGAUGGGUCCCACUCCAACAGCUUUCCAAAGUUUUAUUCUUGGAGAAGGGUUUGAAACCAAUGUUGAUCUAUAUGAUAUUACCGUGGCAGGACCCAAGAAAAUUGGAACUACAUUUGUUAAUCCUGAAGGACAAUCAGUAUGGAUGAACCAACAGGAAAGAGGCCAAAUCGACGCACAAUAUGGAUGGGAAAGAGAUACAGAGUGGAAGACUGGGUGUAUCUGGAAGUUACAUAAGGUAUGGGAUAUCAAAGAAAUGAAACCGCGCUUGCUACAUCCUCGGUACUUCUCUGACGGCGGAGUUGAUAUGAAGUAUUUCAUUAACAACAUGUAUGUUUCAUACUUCGAGAAGUUUAGGAAUAUGUUCCGCAGUAUAGAUAAAGAAAGGUUUUUAUUCAUGCAAAAUCCUGUUUUUCAACGGCCACCAGAGCUGAAGAACUCCUCUUUGAUAGAUGAUAGAACGGUAUUUUCCACGCAUUUUUAUGAUGGUAUGUCAUUGAUGUUUAAAACUUGGAACAAGAUUUACAACGUCAACACCUUGGGAAUAGUAAGGGGUAAGUAUCUUAACCCGGUGUUCAGUGUGGUAUUGGGUGAGAACAAUAUCAAAAAAUGCAUUUCAAAACAACUCCGUGACAUAAGAGAUGAGGCUAGAGAAGUGUUAGGUGGUCAUGUUGCCGUCGUUUUCAGUGAAAUUGGUAUGCCAUUUGAUAUGGACAACAAAGAAGCAUAUAAGACCGGACAAUAUACGUCACAGACAAGUGCUAUGGAUGCUAUUGGAUUCGCUUUGGAGAAUAACAACCUAUCAUUUUCUCUUUGGUGUUAUUGCUCGAAAAACUCUCAUCAAUGGGGCGAUCAAUGGAAUAACGAAGAUUUCUCACUUUGGAGUUCCGAUGAUGCUAAAAGGGAAAAAGUGACUGUAGAAGUUCCGCAUCUUGGUAGUGAAACGGUAUCCUUACAGGAAUCAGAAAUUUUCUCUUCACUUUCAGGAUCAACAAGAUCAACUAAAUCAGCCAAUACUUUCAAAACGGCAAAUAACGGCAUUGCACUAAUAGACUAUAGUGGGUUCAGGGCAUUAGAUUCUGUUUUGAGACCAUCUCCAAUUAAGAUUAGUGGAUCCUUCAUUUCAGCAAAAUUUGAUCCCUUCAACAGCACUUACGAUUUGGAAAUUCAUGGUCACGCGUCUUCCAGUAACAGAUCUUUGAUAUUUCUGCCGGCAUAUCAUUUCAAACUUGACAACAUUAUAAUGAAAUCCUCCUCUGGCCAUUUCACUUACGAUCCUGAGAGACAGAUACUACAGUGGAUUCACGAACCUGGCCAUCAGUUUUUGAACAUUUCUUUAAUCAAUGUGACAGCAAAUGAGGACAGCUGUGUUAUCUCAUAA